AUGUCAGAAACUAAUAGUAAUACCACAAAUAAACUUGAAGAUCAACCGACUCAGUCAACAAAUCACAUUACUGAACAAUCCACCACAACCACUGAAUCGCAACCAUCACAAGAACAAUCACAAGAAGAAGCUCAACAACAAACUCCACAACAACAACCAGAAAUUGUAGCUUCUGCUGUUGAUGGUGGACGUGAAAUGUCAAAUAAAAUAUUAUAUGUUGGAAAUUUACCAAAAUCCGCGUCAGAAGAUCAGAUUAGUGAAUUGUUUUCAGUAGCAAAACCCAUUAAAUCAAUUAAAUUAUUAAAUGAUAAAAAUAAUUUGGGUUUUAAUUACGCGUUUAUUGAAUUUGAUGAAAAUCAAGAUGCUGAUAUGGCAUUAAGUACGUUAAAUGGUAAAUUAAUUAAUAAUAGUGAAAUAAAAGUAAAUUGGGCUUAUCAAUCAGCAACAAUUACAAAUAAUAAUUCAUUAGAAGAUCCUUUAUAUAACAUUUUUGUUGGAGAUCUAAGUUCAGAAGUAAAUGAUGAAUCAUUGAAAAAAGCUUUUGAAAAAUUUGGUUCACUAAAACAGGCUCAUGUGAUGUGGGAUAUGCAGACUUCAAGAUCAAGGGGUUAUGGAUUUGUAUCAUUUAAUAAAAAAGAAGAUGCAGAAUUAGCUUUACAAACAAUGAAUGGAGAAUGGUUAGGUGGUAGAGCAAUAAGAUGUAAUUGGGCAUCACAUAAGCAACAAAAUAAUAAUAAUAAUAACUUUAGUAAUGGUGGAGGAUACUCACAAAAUAAUUAUAAUAAUGGUUAUAGAAGUCAUAAUAAUAUGAAUAAUAAUCGUCAUCAAUUUAGAAAUAAUAAUAUCAACAAUAAUAAAUAUCAAAAUCAAUAUACACAAAAUGGUCAAUCACCACAGAACUCGGGAUUAAAUGGUUUGAUGUUGCAUGAUUUAGGAUCUAAUGGUACUCUUUCACAACAAUCUUCACAUCAACAAUUGAAUGGUAAUGGUAUAGGGUCAAAUCAACAACAACAACAACAACAAAACAACAGCAACAACAACAACAACAACAACAAUAAUAAUAUAACAGUUAUGUCACCUCAAUCUUAUGAUAUAGUAUUAAGACAAACACCAUCAUGGCAAACAACAGUUUAUUUAGGUAAUAUUGCUCAUUUUACUCAACAACAAGAAUUGAUUCCAUUAUUACAAAAUUUCGGUUACAUAGUAGAUUUCAAAUUUCAUCCAGAAAGAGGUUAUGCUUUUGUUAAAUAUGAUUCUCAUGAAAGAGCUGCUUUAGCUAUAAUACAAUUAGCUGGUUUUAAUUUAAAUGGUAGACCUAUAAAAUGUGGUUGGGGAAAAUGA